GCGGAAGGGGUCAGCCAGUGACAGCUAACGCGCAAUGGCGAUAUGAAAUUCCAAAAAUACCCUUGUAGCCGUUUCCAUUGACGUCAGCAUGCCUAUAACCCCCACUAUCCACGGUCGUCGAUUUUGUUUUAAAAAUCUAUUACAAAAUGUAGAAAGGAAAAACGCGUUCGAAGCAAAUUAGAAAAUUUCUCUCCUAUUUCUUCGUUCCCUUAAUCAAACACAAAUUCCCCCUUUUUUUCGCUAAAGAAAUUAUGAGUGAUCACCUGGUGUUGUAUGUUGAUCGUCUGGUGAGGCCGGUGCCCGUACAGCCGGUGGAGUCGGAGCCUGGUCUGUCAAAGGAGAUUUCAGGGCCGUCGUGCUCGGCGGAGUAUAAGGAGAAGGAGGUCGUCCGAGGAGGCGAGGAGGACGAGGAGGAGGCGCUGAUUCAGGCGGCGGAGUGCCGCAUUUGCCAGGAGGAAGAUUCCAUUAAGAAUCUUGAGACUCCUUGUGCCUGCAGCGGUAGCCUCAAGUAUGCGCAUAGGAAGUGUGUGCAGCAUUGGUGCAACGAGAAAGGCGAUAUAAUUUGUGAGAUAUGUCAUCAGCCUUAUCAACCCGGUUAUACUGCCCCACCUCGGCUUCGAACUGAAGAAACCACUAUUGAUAUUGGUGGAGGCUGGACAAUCUCUGGCACCCCUCUGGAUUUGCGUGAUCCACGCCUCUUGGCCAUUGCAGAGGCAGAGCGCCAAUUUUUGGAAGCUGAAUAUGACGAAUAUGCUGCUUCAAAUGCCAGUGGAGCUGCAUUUUGCCGUUCAGCUGCUCUAAUUUUAAUGGCGCUCCUGCUUUUGCGGCAUGCAUUGACUGUUCCAGAUGCUGAUGCAGAUGAUGAUGUCUCUACUUAUUUCUCUCUUUUCUUGCUUCGAGCUGCUGGAUUUCUCUUGCCAUGCUACAUCAUGGCUUGGGCCAUCAGCAUAUUACAGCGACGAAGGCAAAGACAGGAAGCAGCAGCAUUGGCUGCAACACAGUUUGCUUUCAUGCUACAAUCUGGGCAACAUAGGGGUAUGCAUUUUACCAUAGAUUCAGGACCUGUGGUGACUCCCCACCAGGAAAGUGUUUGACUCAUCAGAUACAUGAAAGCCCUGCACUGACAUUAUAUUGGUAUUUGACGAACAAACAAACGAGAAUUGGUUCCCCUAUCAAUAAACUUGAAAAGCUUUUUAUUUAUUUUUUAUCCCCAAAUAGAUAGCUGAGAAAGAUUAGGAGCUGUACCAUUUUCUGUUUUAAUGAUUUGUUGAACUAUUCGGCUAGCUCUUAGUCAUUUAAUUUCCAUAUCUUGUACUCAUUAUUGUCUAUAUGUAUAUAUGAGCUUCGCAGUGCUUCGCUUGGGC